UAUGUUUCCGCACGGAUCUUUAUACACGUCUUACCGCCCAUGCACAUGUGUAAACAAGAAGCUUAGCGAAAACAAGUUAACGUUUUUACGGAUGAUGCUGGGGGCAGUAAUCUCAUGUCAUAGUUAAUAGAUAAUUUAUAAAUAAAAUAAAAAACAGCGCUUCAAACACAUAUUUAAUCCAAAAAUGGCGUCCUCUGAGGCGCAACAUGACAGCGACGAUGGCAUGGACGAGUUCAUGGACAAAUUCAAGACCCAGAGAUAUCAAAAGGGCUUCAGUGAAAACAACUGGGAAGAGGAGUUUAAUAAAGUACCCAUGUUCAUGAAGACAGCCCCUGAAGAGAUUGACCCACACACAUACCCAGAACUAGCUUGUCUUCAGGCCAUUAUCCAUGAUGAAGAUAGACCUCCAGAAGAGCAAGCAAAGACCCUGAAAGAUGAAGGCAAUGAGUUUUUCAAAGAGAAGAAAUACGAGAAGGCCAUACUGUCCUACACAGCAGGGUUAAAGAAGAAAUGUGGAGACGAGGACCUCAACUCUGUCCUGCUCACCAACCGGGCAGCAGCGCACUUCCACCUGGGUAACAUGCGCUCUGCCUUGAACGAUGCUGCAGCUGCAAAAAAGAUUAAGCCAGACCACCUUAAAGCCUUGAUUAGAGGGGCUCAGAGCUGUAUAGAGCUGCGUAACUUUGCAGAGGCCAUCCAGUGGUGUGAUGAGGGACUCAAGGUCCAUCCCACUGACAAGAAGCUGCAGGAGCUGAGAGCAGCAGCAGAUAAACACAAGAGAGCAGCAGAGAGAGAUGCCAGAAAGAACAAGAUCAAAGAAAAAAAGCUGCAUGGCGAGAAAGAAGCUCUUCUGGCUGCUAUAAAGGAUCGAGGCAUCAAGCUCCUCCAGUCGGCGAAGCCUCGUCGGCGCUGUUCGGACAGUGAGGACGAAGGCUCCUCAGCAGCGCUAUCGCCGCUGAGCCUGGACGGCCUCAGCUCUCAGGAGGUCACGGGGGCUCAGGUCUUCCUGGAUGAGCAGCGCUCUCUGCACUGGCCUGUUCUCUUCCUCUAUCCAGAACACCGGCAGACUGAUUUCAUCUCUGCUUUCUGCGAAAACAACUGUUUCAUGGAUCACCUGGCGGUCAUGUUUGGAGAAGAACUCCCACCUUGGGACGAGGACAGAAAAUACCACUCACAAAAUUUGCAGCUGUACUUUGAAGAUGAGGAGAAGGAGACAUUCUACCAAGUAAACCCAGAGAUGUCGCUUUUAAAAGUGUUGCAGCAUAAAAGGUUUUUUGUCAAGGCAGGCACUCCCAGCUUCAUUGUUCUGGUGAAGGGUUCAUCAUUCAGGAAGCAGUUUUUAACAGAAAAGAAAAUACAAGGACUGAAUUUCCCCUUGAAAAAUACAUGAUGAUGAGUAAUAUGUAUGACUCUAGUGGUCAAGAGCAAGACACAUUGUUUGACACAAAAUAUCAAAAUAAAAUAAAUUAA